AUGGGCAUGGGGGAGUGGUAUUGGGGUUCUGGAAGAUCCUCAAAGAGAGGUAGAGGUGGAGGAGGAGGACCAGCUGAGAAAGACAUGACCACCUCUUCUGGUUGCAUGUGUGCUGUCUUUCAGCUCUUUGACUUCCAUCAACUUCAGCUUGCCAACUUACACCACCCACAGCAACCCUCUUUCAACACUUUCCACCAAGAAGAUCUCACUGUCCCCAAAGGUGUUGAAGCACCUAGGAACAGCUUGGAUUCAUCAGAAGGGACUUCACUAUCAUCUACCACAAAAGAAGAAGAAAAUUUAAAUAGUCCAAUUUUGAAAUUCCAGAUGGGUAUGCAGAUCAAAACAAGUGGAGGAGGAGGAGGCAGAACAUCUUCAGCUGAUUUUUCAUCAGAUAUUAGCUCACCAGGAACAAAGACCCCAAAUUUGGUAGCAAGGUUAAUGGGUCUUGACCUUCUUCCUGAUCAAAUCCAAUCACCCUCUUCCACUUCAUCAUGUAGUAGCACCACCACUCAUGCAACUUCAAAGUCAAAAGGUCGGACUCGGAAAGCCCUCCAAAGUAGACCAAGACGACAUGUCGUGGAUAUGAGCGACUCUACUAAUACUGCAGCAGUUGGUACUCGUUCACUGCCUGAGACUCCAAGAAUCUCAUCAGCCAGAAGAUCAGACGUUGAUCUUCAUCACCGCCUUUCGCUUCAAAUCAACAAAGAGAAUGUUGGGGUGGGGGGUGGUGAGGAACUGGAUUUUUGCAGGUCUUCAUCUUACAAAAGGAGGGACCUAAAGCUGAUUAAUUUUGGAGAUCAUGAGAAUGUUAAAAGCCCAAGCCACUAUGCUAGGCAGAUUGUGAAGCAGGUGAGAGAAAGUGUUAGCAGGAAAGUUGGUUUGGACAUCACAAACACCACCAGACCAGUUAACAGAGACAAGCAAGGCAAAGAUGAGCUCCUUCACCAGCUUAAAUCCAAGAAUGGUAAUGCUGCUUCCAAGAGUUUAAUCAGCAAGGAAGACAGUUCAGCUUCUUUCUCUCCCAGGCUCAGAUUCUUGGAGCCCAAGACUACUACUACAACGCCUGCAUCAUUGACAGCCAAGGAUCAAAUUCAACUACUUCCUCCAAAACCCAAAUCACCUCUCUCAUCUUUACCUCCCAAGCCAAAGCCUGUGCAGCAGCCACUGAAAGAAGAAAAACAGCAGCAGCAGCAGAAAAGCCAGACAUCAAUUCAAAAGCGUAGAAAAUCUGCUCAUAAGCAACAGGAGGAAGCAUUUGUUAGUCCAUCAACAGCUACAAGAGCCAUCCAUAAUAAUAUUCCAGCUGACAAGAAAUGCAAGAAAACCCAAUUAUUGUCAAGCAACAAUGUCCCUACCCUUCUUCCAAUCAAGAAAGAUGCUUCUCCUCCAGCUACCAAAAUCCCCCAGAAACAGGCACAACAACAAGUAUCUGAAUCUGACGCCCAACAAUCGAAACGUAGGUGGUCACAGUUAUCUAGUUCCACGAGCCAAACGUACAAACAACAACAAGAGGAGCAGCAAGUGAGCCGGACCCCCCAUGAGCUCGCCACCCAAUACAUCAUCAACGUGCCCAACGGUGGCGCCACCAGUUCAGCCACCGCUGCCGGCUCUGCUGGUGGAGCAGCAGCAGAGGCAGAGCUGCUCCAGUACGUCACAAGAAUAUUAAGCCGUACUGGCAUUGAUAAAGACACCCAAGUUUCCUUCACCAACUGGUUCUCUCCGUCCCAUCCACUAGACCCUUCCAUUUUUCACCACCUUGAAAAUUCUAACGUUGUUGAUGUUACUGGUCAACUUGGUCAAAGGUGCAACAGGAAGUUAAUGUUCCGUGUGGUGGAUGAAAUUUUGGUGGAAAUUUUGAGGCCAUAUAUCAACAUGAAGCCAUGGGUUGCAACUAGCUCAAAUUAUAUUGGCAUGUGGAAUAAUAUGAAUGGGUCAGAACUGGUUAACAUUUUGUGCCACAAAAUCCAGAGGUUUCCGUGUGCCGACUGUCAGGUUCUUGAAGACAUUGACGAUUUAAUUGACAAGGACAUGCCUGCAGAGUCGAAGGUGCAAAGUGAGAUGGCGUUUGAGGAAGAAGGAGAAGGGAUCGUUAGGGAGGUAGAGAAGGACAUAUUGGACACACUCAUACAUGAAACGGCUAGGGUCCUAUGGUUUUGA